CGUGUGCGUGGGACAAUGGUCAAAGCGGAGCUGGGGCGGGAGAGCUCUCCGUUCCGAUCAUCGUCUAGGGAAACAAAGAGGGCGGCGAAACCCUGAUCUCUUCAGUCUUCGCGAACCCUAAACAGAUCUCUCUUUCUAACCUCCCCAAUUUCAAACCCUACUUGCAUUCAGCACGUCCGUUCUUGUUUUCCGCCAUGGGAUUGUGGGAAUCUUUCCUCAACUGGCUGCGGAGCCUGUUCUUCAAGCAAGAAAUGGAGCUGUCGUUGAUAGGUCUCCAAAAUGCAGGGAAAACAUCACUUGUUAAUGUUAUUGCGACUGGAGGAUACAGUGAAGACAUGAUUCCUACUGUAGGGUUCAAUAUGAGGAAGGUUACUAAGGGAAAUGUUACCAUAAAGUUGUGGGAUCUUGGUGGUCAGCCAAGGUUUCGAAGCAUGUGGGAGCGAUAUUGUCGUGCGGUCUCUGCCAUUGUGUACGUUGUUGAUGCAGCUGAUCAUGAGAACUUAUCAAUCUCAAGAGGCGAACUCCAUGACCUAUUGAGCAAGCCCUCACUAACUGGUAUUCCUUUGCUAUUACUUGGGAAUAAAAUUGACAAGCAUGAAGCGCUCCCUAAGGAAGCCUUAACUGAGAACAUGGGGCUGAAGUCCAUCACCGACCGCGAAGUUGGCUGCUUCAUGAUCUCAUGCAAAAAUGCGACGAAUAUCGAUGUCGUUAUUGACUGGCUUGUCAAGCACUCUAAGACCAAGAAUUGAGUAUUUGGUCUCUGUAGUAAUCUUCUAAACUUUGAGGUUUUGGCUAACUGGGAUUGGGCCUUCUGACUUCUUCUGAGGCUGAUCUGGGUUUUCUGAUUGUUUAUAAAAGCUCAAUAUCUAUGGGCUGUAAAGAGUUGGUGUUUUGUGUAAUUUUAACUUAAUUGUUGUGAACAAUUGUUCUAUUUGUGUUAAACGAAUGCUAUGAAAUAAAUGGCUCUUUGUAUGGUGUUUCUUUUCA